GCUCCUCCUCUUCCUGCCCCUCUUUGCCUCCCCUCCCUCUGCCUCCCUGGCGGCAUUGCCAGCUCUGCACAGGCCCAGUUUUUCUAAUUAGAUGAAGCCACAGGAUUAUCUCUCUCCCUCCCUGCUAGGCUCCAUUUUAUUUCCUUUCCAGCCAAGGCAGGAGGCAGGAAGGGGCGUCACGUCUAAGCAGAGAAAGACCCAUCUCCCAGUUUCCUGCCUUCGAUGCUUUCUAACAAUCCCUCCUCCUUCCCCUUAUCAUAUGCUCACCUUGGUGUCAGCAGCAUCAGGCGGAUCAGGAAGCCCAGUCUCCAGAGGAAAUCUGAACUCUUUUGGCUUUCAUUCUCCUCAGAUUUCUGAGCAUCUAUUUUAAAUACCCUCCAAGUAACUUGGACAGGGAAGCUGGAUGUGCAACCUCUGAGUAGGGGCAAGAUCUCUCUCCUUUGCCAUGUCAGCUGACAGCCACCAGCUCCACACUCAUUCCUACCAGGACUCACCGAGUUCUACUUGUCAUGGUCUCCUGAAUGUCAACAGUCACCCCCUGUCAAAGAGCUCCUCGAGUCUGGCCUGUACUGGGCAAUCAAGUUUAGAGGAAAGACAAAGCAACAAGCAGGAGCUGAAAAAAAGCCAUAGCAGCACCAUCUGCCAUACGCUGGGAAACAAGAGUGAUGCAAGGAGUGUGCAGAGUCCUGGAUGGUCCUCACAGCCUCGGAUGGUGGGACUUGGAUCAGUGGUCCAAACCAGAAGUGACCAGUUAGCCAAUGACAAUUCACAGAGCAUAACUAAGACUACAAAUCAUUUUCUUAUCACUGAACAGUCCCCAGCAUCCUGGGAAGUGGGGGACACUAAAAUGUAUGUAAAGAGCAGCACUGUUGAGAGUAUUUCCUCAGCCUGCGUUGUCCAUCAGCAAAGCAUGUGUAAAAUGGAAGAACCGGGAACUGCCCUUCAGAGAAGCCACUCAGACCUGACCUGCAGUUGCAAACACCAGACUUGUGUCACUCACAUAGAAACCAGUGCUACUUACUCCAGCCUAAGUUCUUCUAGCUGCAGGCAUGCUAGGAUGUCUUUCCAAGCACAGAGAUAUGGAUCAGAAACAAAUGAAAAUGCACCUCGCUAUCAAAACCCUGUGACUCCAGUUCUACCCAGAGACCAGCAAGUACCCACAAAUAGCUUUGACAGCAGUGGUAUGCCACGUAACACUACUGUUUACACAGAUCCUGGAACAUUUCACACUGCAGUCCUAGGACCCCAUGUGCCUGGAAAUGGUUUCUCAAACAGGACAAUGUUCAAUCAAGCCACUGGGCUUAUUCAUGGUGGUCUGAUUUACAGUAAUAUUCCAAACUCUGCAUACUCCCCCAUGGUGAUGACAAUUCAUAAUAAUUCUGCAGGGCCCUGUAAUAUAAGAAAGGACCCUUGUACGAAGGUAGAUGCCACCGUCCCUGCCUAUUGCCAUUCUUUGCCUAUACCAUCUAUACAACUUGUUCCGCAGUUGGUAUGCUCAGUUAGUGAGUCAGGAAAAGAGCAAGCAGCACCUGGCUAUUUUCAUUCCUUUGCUACUUCAGACAUUCUGACAUAUCCUAAGCUGGUGUCUUCAGUAAGUGAAUCAGGCCUGGAUGCCAAAAGAGUCCUGAAGUGCUGUAGCAUUCCUGGAGAACAACUGCAACAUGCUCAACACUGUACUCAGCAGGAGAAGGCUCCUCCAGAAACAAAUGCUGCCUGUGUUGCCCUUAGUAGCCAGCAGGGUGUAAACAUGGUAAUGACAACUAAGGAUAUGUGGACUAUGACCUCUAUGAAUGAUUUAACCAAAGGACUGAAAGCAGCUCUUGAGUGUAGAGAUGCCGAGGUACAAACUCUUCCAAUCAUGGAAUGCAAAUCUGUGGCAACAAGCCCAGCAGCUGCAGCAGAUGGCCACUCACAUGUGUUCCCAGAGGUGAACCUAGAGCAAGACAUGGAGGCCCCCAAAUCUCCAGUGCGUGAAGUGAGAUGGGAUGAUGAAGGAAUGACGUGGGAAGUAUAUGGGGCAUCUGUGGAUCCCGAAGUCCUUGGGUUAGCCAUUCAAAAACAUCUCGAGAUUCAAAUAGAACAAUUCCAAACAGAGCCUGCACAGCUGGCUGAGAAAAGCAAUGAGGAGCUGCCUUCUGAUAAAACAGGGAGAAAAAGGCAAUUCAGAACAGUGAUACACUCCCUGAGAUACCCGAGCUGUUGUGCUCGUUCCAGUACCACAGUGGAGUGAGCACAGCUGUAGGAUGUGGGACAGCUGUGCUGCUUUUAAACUGUAAAUAA